CUCUUACGUUUUUUUUACUCGAGGAGAUCAUAUCAAUUAUCAUAGCUUAUAUACUCUCAAAGAAUCUGAAGCAAAGAGUCAAGAAGUUGAAAAUGUCGGAUAAUUCAGGCCUCCGUGAUCGACUACUGGAGAAGAAUGAAAUCUCCGAUAAUUACUUUGAAGUUGAUCAACAGAGUGAUUCAAUGACGGUAGAGGAACAAAACAAUGAAAUCCGUGAUAAUACUGAAAAUUCAGGGAGCGGUUCUCUGAAAACCAAAGACUCCAAGUGCUCAAUCGGAACAGCCAGUAGUUCGAAUAUCCAAAUGAAAUUUACAGAUAAGUUUAAGAGAGGCAACCCUGUUGUCAUGGGAACAUCAUGGGUUUACAGAGAUGAAAACGGAAAACAGUUUUACGAAAAGCAAUUAUGCGAAGAUGACAUUACUGGCGAUCACUUAGAGAUUCCUAGGAGACUGGCGCAUUAUAUACAGAGUUUGAAAUUACAUCGUCGCAUUGAUGCUGGAGAAAAAACACGGAAAGUCAAUUUGGUAUGCGAUAAUGGGGAAAAUGAAAAUGAAUGUUACUAUUUCACUGGACAAUGGAGGGACUUCGUCAAGGAAAAUAAGUUGAAAGUUAACAAGGAUUUGGUCCGACUUGAGAUUUCACAGCAAUUAGGCCUUCGAAUCGGGUACACUAACGACCAGAAAGCUAUUGACAUGAAUAACCCUGUACUCCUAAGGCGUUUGUCUAGAGCUGAUGUUAAAAGCCUAUAUAUAAAAAAGUUGUGUGAACGGUAUUCGUAUAGUAGUGGUGGUACCGGAUUAAUAGAGAUUGAACCAAUCGUUCAAAUUAAAUUAUGUUCGCAAGUUGUGUAUAGAUAUGGUGGUAUAAAAGGUGUAAUGUUCAUACAGCUACCAAAGAAAGACGUAGAAGAAAAUCUAGGCUGUGAUCUUCCUCUUCCUGGAGCGGGCGGAGAAAUUGCCAUGCAUUUGUUUGAUCCAGUGGGAAACAAUUUGGUGGAGAUGAAAUUAUUGCAUACUGAGAAGGGUGAAUACCAUAUUGGAGGAGCAUGGGAAGUGUAUGCUGCUAAAUAUGGCUUGUUAAUUUCUGAUACAAUUUUUCUUGACAAGGUAAAUGUGCACGCUGGCAAUGAUCAUGAUCAGCUGAAUACUGCACAAUUUUCGUGUCACUAUGAAAUUACUUACCAGAGACGACGACGAGGAGGCACUAAAGAUCAGAGCAGGCCAGCAGCACUUGCUAAUUCUGUUAAAGAUGUACCUCGUGUUCCGAAAAUCGAGUCAGGAUAUGAAGGUGAUUCGUCCUGGCUCCAAUAUUGCACUCCAUAGUUAUGAUAUCAGAUUCUAAAAAUGUAUGUUAAUAACUUCAAUUUAGCCUCAAAUGUGCGCCUUUAAUCUCAAGAGACUCGAUCAAUUUUCCAUUCGUCUACUAAUGAUUCCAGAUUAUACCUUG